GGAGUGGCUCAAUUGAAGCUUGUUAGUUGUUAACUCUUCUUUCAGUCUCAGAUCCAGUUUCCAGUGUUGGCACUGCAAAGGUGUCCUGUGUUGGAGAGGGAGUAUUAUGUAAUGUCAAUGCCUUGAUUGUUAUGUCACUCUUCUUCAGACUGCCCUCAUGUGCUUGAAAUUUUUAACUCAGUUUUGUUUAUAAAUAAGGAGCAAACAAUGGUGCUGUCAUUUAUAAAACAAGCAUUUCAAAAACGACCUAUGUUGGCAAACUCAGUCGUCUACGGGACUAUGUGUGUAGGAGCCGAAUUUUCUCAGCAGUACGUUACAAAACGGAUUCUUGAUAAAAAGUCUCCACCAGAGCCAAUUGACAAAGCAUCUUUAGCGCGAUACACCGUUUUAGGAACUUGUAUCAAUCCUAAUAUACUGUACUUUUGGUACAAAUGGUUAGACAAGAAUUUUGUUGGGACUGCUAAAAAAGUUGUUGUGAAGAAAGUGCUGAUAGAUCAGUUCUGUAUGACACCUCCUCUUUACGUUAUUUUCUACGUCAGUAUGAGUUUAAUGGAGGGGAAACGAGACCUCUUGGCAGAGUGUAGGGAGAAAUUUAUACCUACUUUUCAAACAAGUUGUGUAUUUUGGCUUCCCGCACAAGCCGUCAAUUUUAUGCUAGUUCCUCCUGCAGCAAGAGUUGUGUAUGUUGGAACCUGCUCCUUUUUAUGGAUCAAUAUUCUUUGCUGGAUCAAAAGGCGAGACUUCAAGCCAUCAGAGGAGGCUUGAACUGAGGCAACUUUGAAUGUUCUCUGUUUUCUGGUAUGUAUUAAGAGACAGAGAAUAGGUAUGCCAGUGUCAUUUUAAUCGUAACAGUUCCAAUUUGAAUGACGAAGAGAUUGAUUAAAUCUCAUCGUAAUAUCCUACUGUAAUAUCUCCUUAGAUGACUGUAGAGGGGAGGAUACUGUGAUAUUCCAUUGUUUAAAUUUAUUGUAAGCAAGGGAAAAGUUCAAAUGUGGGGCUGGAGGAAGAAGAGGGAUACAUGUGCAAUAUUUGAAAAAUUGAGAUAGUAAUGAUUUCAACUAAAACUAGUUUUAAAAUAUAUUGUGUGAAAAAUUCACUACUGAAAUCCAAUUUUUAAGAAUUAAAAGUGAGUUUGAACUUUCCUCCUGCCAUAAAGCUCCACAUGAUUUUGAAUUUUUGAACAUGCAUUUCUUGAAAUAGAAAAAACUGCACAGGUCUCACUUUUCCUCAACGCCCUUUCGACAAGGGAUUUAGGCAUACAUUAUCCUGGCCUGUACACAACCCAUGAAGUGUGCCAUGAAAGUAAUGAGAGGGACUCGGGAGUGUGCAGGUAUGAUUUUCUGUUACACAAUUUUGGCAUAUUUUUCGUUUCAAAGUGUGAGAUUUUGCUGCACUUCUCUGCACUACCAAACACAUAAAUGUACUCAUAUAGUUAUAAGACCAUUUCAGUCAGUGCCAUUCUAGAGCUAUAAGUAUUGUUAUAUAUGCAAAAAAGAAGUAUUUUUUCCCUGCCAAGUACAAAUUAAUAGUUCCAAUGUGAUAUCAUGUAUUAAGGAGAACACUAACAGUAUCGGCUUCAAGGAGUUUCUACAUUUCUUCUUAAAAUUAAUUAUCUCCACGAUGGAUGGACCCUUUUUAUCUCUCAGAAAGCUCAAAGGAAAGAUAUUGGCAUGGAGAGGCAAAAUUUUAGGGUGUUCUGAGGGAUAAAAUAGGUCUGUUGUCCUGUAAAAGAGUGCAAUACACAGGAGGGAGUACCUUUCUGACUAGAGAGCCUGCAAUAAUUGUUAGACGAAUUCUGUUGAAUUAUGUUAAUUAAUUCUUUAGACUAUCCCGAGUGAGGUUUUUGAUGACCACUUCCUCUUUCUUUUUUCUACUUGUUUUAUUUUAAAUUAUAAUUUCAAAUGAGGUUUUUCAGAGUGAAAAAAUAAGACUUUUACUAGAGAGUCCAGUACUCCACACCUCAUACUGACGACAACUUAGCAUUUUGCUCCGUCAGCUUGAGCAGACGUGGUUUCCCAGGCUUGAUUCUUUUGACAAGAAACAAUAGAUGCCAGAUGAGGCAAACAAACAAAUGAGUUUUGUGCUUAUUCUACAGCUUUAAUCAUCUUGACUAUCAUGAUUGGAUAGUUGCAUAAGCGAAAUGAAAAGGGGGCGGAGGACCAACAUUUUAAACUUGGUAUGGAGCCUCAUACCCAUUACAAUUUUGCAAUGCUCUAUUCAACCAUCACAACUCUAGAACCAAAGUCGUUAUUUUAAAUCCUGACUUUAUGUGUAUUAAGUGUAGUAUUCCGUAUGAGAGAGACUCAAAUUGCUUUAAGUGCCUCGAAAAGUGUCUUGAUUAAUUAUUAAUUUGCAUUUAUUUUGAGUGUACCAGUUUUGAUGUUCAAAUUUUUUUCUUCUUUUUUUGCUCUAUUUUUAAAGAAAAAAUACAAGUUUUUCAAGUUAAUUACCUAUUGUA